AUGACCGCGACGCCCGACAAAGCGCCAGCCCAGGCGCCCAAGGUCUCGCGCUUCCAGCAGGAUGCGCCCGAGAUGAGCGAUGAAGAUAGCGACGGUGAUGAUGAUGGGAACCAGCGCACGGCGCUACCGGCGCUCACGGACCACGGACAUCGCGUGCGAAUCGAGACACGCAUGGACCCAAAGGUUAUCGUGGUGCCAAGCGCGAGGCCACCGACGCAGACCUGCAAGGUUGACGAGGACAUGGACGAUGGUAUCUAUCGAGCGCGCACCAUGGACACGCAUCUUCCGCCCCACGUCUUGGCCCGCGCGGUGGAGCGCGUCGAGCGCGAGGGCGAUACAUGGUCCUCGAUGGCCGACCCGUUCGCGGCCAGCGCGGUGCGCCCGUCCCUCACGUAUGCGCCUCCGACGCCCCUUCGCACACACUGGAGUGACCCCGCGAAGGUGUUGCCCGUCUACUCGGAGCUUCUCGUUCGCAUCCCGAAGCUCCAUCUCUCGGACCACCGGCUCAUGACGCUCGAAGACAGCGUGAGCCUUCAGAUGCGCUUCCUCUUCCACGAUUACACGGCCAAGUACGCUGCGAUGACAAGCUUGGAGCACAGACUUGCGCGGCUUUUGUCCUUGGCACCCACCGCGUCGAUCCAUGAUGUGCACGCGGAAGCGGAUGCAUUCAUGGCCAUUUUAACCUCGGUACGGGACGCCUUCCAAGAGGUCUAUGCCAAAUGGAGCGAGCUCAAGGAGUUGCGACAGAAGCAGCAGGCGACGCUUACACCCGUGCUCUUGCUGCUUCGACCUGUCGACAGUAGUGCGACGCAGACGAUGAUCCAGGAUUUUGCGACGCGCCUCGAGUGCCACGAACAUAUGCGCGAGGAUCCGCAGCUUGCAACAGCGGUGUGUGCGCUGCAGGGAAUCCUGGACGCACCAAUGUGCUUGAACUAUGUGGUGCGACUCUCGAGCGACCUCUCGAUUCUGGGACAGCCGUCCGAAGCCGAGGCGCUGCGACGCCAGCACAUCCGGCGCGUCCGCGUCCACUGCGAACUGCUCGUCAAUGGCAACACUGUCAUGGAGACCAAGGCGCACUCACUCUCGUGGCCUAGCUUGAGCGUGGAUUUGAACGAAUAUGUCGCACUCCGCGUCACGGCCAAGCCAAAUUCCAUGAGCCUCAAGGUAUACGAGCGCGUGCCGGCCACCGGCGGUAUCUUUUACACCACAACCUGCUGGACGAGCCGGCCCAUUCCGCUCGUCAUGCCCGGACACGCGUUUGCGACCGAGAUUUGUGCGGCCGGCGCCGCGCCCACGGACGAGUGGUAUCAAUUCUGCCACGACGCAGUCAUUCCGCGCGAGGCGUGGAGCCAUAGCUUUCUCUCGUCGGCGUACUAUGCCAACGCCCAGCGACAUACGAAAGGCGCCGUGCACGUCCACUUGAGCUGGAAGACAACGUCGGAUGUGCACAAGAUUCCCGUCAAGCACGCGCGGUCGAUUCGCCUCGCGUCGGACGCCGGGCGCUGGAUCGGGCAUCGCCCCGAACCGGUCGACGAUGCCACGCACUUUAGCCACGAAGCGGCCUUCCAACACGCACUGGGGACGCUGCCAACGCUCGACCCGAACGCGCCUUCGGACCAAGCAGCCGUUCAGCUGAUGGCGUACCACACGGGCCGGUCGACAACACAGACGCUGGACCUCUUUCGCACCGAGUUGCCAUCGUCGUUUGUGUUGUCGUCGUACACGGGGAAGAGCCAGCUCAAGCGCCAUACGCUUCUGACGCUACGGGACGACGACCCGCACCGACACGCCAUUUUUGCGACACCGAUCCCGCUCUCGGAGCACACGAUCGCCCAGCAGCCCGCGUACUUGGAUCUCGUACGCCCCGAGGUCGUUGCGUUCGAGCGGUCAUUGGCCAACGAAGCCAUGCUUGCCGAAACCAGAGAUGGACUUGAGUAUACCAAGCGGCGUCUCGAGCUUCGCCGCCACGAUUUCAUGGAGCGCGUCCGAAGCAACCAUGCGACGCGGGCCCGGGACGACAAGGUCUCCGCGUACGGCCACUUGAGCACGAUCGUGCAAGAGUACCCACAACCGCUGCUCUUUAAAGGCUGGACGCCCGACUUUUCCGGCUGGAGUACGCUCUUUGCCCGCAAGCGCCGACUGCGCCCGACAAGAAAGGUUGAAGGUCCCCGCUCCGACUUAGCGGUCGACCGCCCCGACGAGUGCCAAGUGUACAUUCAAGUCCAGCGCCUCACCAACGCCUUUGCACGCCGGGGUCAACGGGUGGAGGCACCGCCAAAGCCUGCGCGGCGGCGUCCCGACCACCGCUCGGACGACGACAACAGCGCCGAAGAUGACGACGAUGACGACCACCCUGUGGAUGGGGGCGCCAAUCAAGUGCUUGUGGAAGUAAGCUUUCAAGGCCACACGCGUGCCACGUCACCAUCGUCGGGACUGCAUCCGAUGUGGAUGGAGACGGUCGUUGUGCCCUUCUCGCCACCGCUGCACGACUGGUCGCCGCCAGCGCUCACACGGAUUCGCGACACGAUUACGUUGACCAUCUUUGACCAAGUGCUUCUCGAGGACCCCGUAACGCAGCGCAAGGACCCGCAGCGGCGGUUCCUUGGAAGCGUCCGCGUCCCGUUCUCGACCUUGUAUCACAACGCCGGCGAGAUCGUUGCACCGCUGCGUUGCGUCGUGCCCUACGCUCACCUUGGCUACAUGCGCCGCGUUGGCAAAGCUUCGCGAUUUCGAGGAGCCCACGACGAGAGUAAUGGGACGUCGUCGUCGGAUGCCGCGACGUUUCUCAGCGUCAUGAUCAAGACCGAUCCGAUAUUGGCAGCACCAACGCCUGCAUCGACGCCCAUCACGGUGCACAGCGAACCGCCAGCGUUCAUCCGGUACGCGGAAAAGUACGUGGCGUCCGUACCUGGCUUGACGCUGCAGCACCUUUUUGUGCCGGCGGUCUCGGGCGAGCCGACGUUUAUCACGCGGUAUCUGCGGGCGCAAGCACCGCCCGCGGACCUCCAGGGCCAGCCGCUACGCGCCUUGGCGCGCUUUGUGUCCUUGGUGCCCUUUCUGGAGGACUGGCACACGUACAGUGGCGCCAUUGACGUGUGGGCAGCGACACAAGACUUUUUAGACACGCAGGUCGGCGACUGGGAAGAGCACGCCGUGUUGCUUGCCAACUACUUCAACUGGGCGGACGACGGGCAGCGACGAGGCCAUGUCAAGUCGUACUUGGUCGUGGGGACAGCGUUGCCCGAAGGCAGCGGCGUGUACGUUGUACGUUGCACGCCGCAGCACUGCACGUUUUGGAACGCGUGCUCGGGCGUCGCAUACGACGUGCGCGACCCUAAGUGCCCACUACGGUCCGUGCUUCUCGUCGCAUCCAGUGACAAUGUCUGGGCCAAUCUGCGCCCGACGAUGGCGCCCUGCCAACUGGCAUGGGAUACGAUCGAGUCGGACAUGCGUGCAUGGAAGCCCUUCUUCACGGCCCAGACGUCCAAAGAGGCGCUCGAGGCUAUCUUGCCGUCCGUGCAAGCAGCGAACCCGCAAUAUCUGGCGACCCCGCCGUCGUUUGUGCACGAUGUUCAAGUUGAGCUCCUCGAGAGCAUCAAGGUUGCAAUCCGCAAGCUCCGCAGCAGCCACUCGACGACAGUCUUCAACAGCGACGUAUCGUUCCAUCUGCAAGAGGUGCUGCGAACCUUGGAGGCCAAGUACAUAGCCAGCGACGUUGGUGACGACGACCACGUGCCAGCCUUGCUCGCCAAGUACCCGCGCUACGACUUUCACGGCGGUCCGUUCAGCUUUCCGUUCACCGACGUGCAGGCGAUAGUGGACGAGAUCACGCAGACACACAUCCAUGCGACGACCAUGAGCGGCGUCGAGUUCGGCCUCGCAGUGCACGUCCACGUCUACCCCAACUUUGUCUUGGCCGUGUGGGUGUACUUAGCGGCCAUCACUCCGACGUACCGCUAGUGCAUGAGAGGCGAGACAAGGAUUGAGUUCAAUAACUAGAUUUAAAAAAGGUUAAUACUUCCUACUGCCAUCGAGUACGCUUCCAAUCAAUAAAAAAAGGACCGAAGCACUGAAGCCUCGAAGCCCAUCUAC